GGACGGCCGAAAACCAUACUCAGGGGAAACGGGAUCGCUUCAUGACUCAAGCGUUGGAGAUCCAAACUCCACUCAGCCUGGAAGUGGAUUCCAGAAUUCCAAAGGCCCGAUCGAAACGCCGCCGCCAGACUUUUCAUGCAACCUGUCUUGCCCUGCUGUCAACCGAAGAUCCUCAGAUCCGCGGUGGAGCCAAGAGUCCCUUCUAAACGUCACAAUGUGGAACCGCUCUUGACGUGCAAUUGGACCCUUGGCAUUACCUCAGCAGUGUCUUGCAGAUGUCAAACGCGAGAUCCGAACCAAGAUGCCGUCAGAGCCGUGAGAACACUACCAAGGUGGCAGGCUUCUGAGUGGUAGCAUGUUGGGCGGAAUUUAUUCGUGGUAUCAUUCCAGAAAGUCGGCUUCAAGGGGCUUUCACACGAAGAUCGUUGCUGCCGUCUCUGAGCCUCUAAUCAGCAAACGCCCUCUCAACUGCAUCCCAUUUUUUCACGCCAGACCAGACAAGUUUGUCCGACGAUACAAGAUGACCACAGGCACGGGUUCCUCAAAGACAUACACGCUCAACAAUGGCGUGAGGAUCCCCGCUGUCGGCUUCGGCACGUUCGCCAACGAGGGAGAGAAGGGAGAGACGUACAAGGCGGUGACCAAGGCGCUCGAAGUCGGCUACCGCCACCUCGAUUGCGCAUGGUUCUACCAGAAUGAGGACGAGGUCGGCGACGCGGUGCACGACUUCCUCGGCAAGAACCCGAACGUCAAGCGCGAGGACAUCUUCAUCUGCACUAAGGUCUGGAACCACCUGCACGCGCCCGAGGACGUCAAGUGGAGUUUGCAGAACUCGUGCUCCAAGCUGAGGGUUGACUACGUCGACCUCUUCCUCGUGCACUGGCCGAUCGCGGCCGAGCGCAACGACGACUACAGCGUCAGGACCGGGCCGCACGGCAAGUACGUCGUUAACAGGGAGCUAACCGACAACCCGGAGCCGACGUGGCGGGCGAUGGAGGAGCUGGCCGACAGCGGCAAGGCGAGGGCCAUCGGCGUGUCCAACUGGACGAUCGAGGGGCUGCAGAAGCUGCUGCGGUUCGCGCGCAUCAAGCCGGCCGUCAACCAGAUCGAGAUCCACCCGUUCCUGCCCAACACGGAGCUGGUCCAGUUCUGCUUCGACAACCAGAUCAUGCCGGCGGCCUAUUCGCCGCUAGGGUCGCAAAACCAGGUGCCGUCGACGGGCGAGCGGGUGCGGGAUGACCCGACGCUCAACGAGGUGGCCAAGCACAGCGGGCACAACCUGGCGCAGGUGUUGCUGGCGUGGGGCCUGCGGAGGGGUUACGUGGUGCUGCCCAAGAGCUCAACGCCGAGCCGCAUCGAGAGCAACUUUCAAGUGCCUGACCUGACCGACGAGGAGUUCAACGCGGUCGAGGCCGUGGCCCGGGGGAAGCAUUUCCGGUUCGUCAACAUGAAGGACACGUUUGGCUACGACCUCUGGCCCGGGGAGUCGCGAUAGAUUAGCCGAUUUGAUAUGGAUGACAGUGAAGGAAAUGCGGGUGUAUUAUUUAAGUUGCGGUGGUUGGCAUAAUGCAACGGCUGGCCGAGCGGUCGAGAAUUGAAAAGGGAAUUGAGAAUUAAGGGCUUUAUUUUUCGAAAUGGAUGAUGCCUCGGACUUGGACUGUGUAACAUAAGGUUUUGGAGUUUCGGAUACAAAACAACGAAGCAGUUUUG